GUGGGAAUAUAUUUAUGAAUAGUGCUACUCCAGCCGGUCUUCGACUUUGGAACAGAGGGGACGCGACAGUUUAAGCAGGUAACUCCUAUGGGAAACUCAAGGCAUUUAUUUCGAGCGGACUCGCAAUACCUGCAGUCAGCUUGAGAUACGGAACAGGGAAAACUGUAUCUGCGGACGUGUUUUUUAACAAUCGGGAAUAAGGACUCUUACCUUCGAAACCUACUAAUGAGUGCCAAGACAUCCGAAAGAUUGGCGCCUUCUGUUCCACUUUGCACCUUCAACGGGACUACGCAGACAAAUGGCACGUGCAUUGAUCAAGUGGAGCACUUAUUCCAGUUUUUUUCGUCCACUCUGGUGCUCAUCGUGCUGGUCGCGGUGAUUGUCGGAAUCAUAUUCGUUUCCCUCACUACUUUUCACUUUCACAAAAGCAAGAUGAAAAAACGGAAGAUACAAAGAGCUCAAGAGGAAUAUGAGCGCGACAACUGCAGCCCUAAAACCGCGAAAGGAAAACCGGCAGUUAGACAAUGCAUCAUGGUGCGACCUGCGCACAGAGAUUCGGGGCAUCGGCCAGCCUCUGCAGUCCAGAAAUACGAAAAUACUACGACUCAGGAGGACUCAAAUGUGAUACCCGUCCCAGAGAACGGUUCAAAUGCUGACACUAAACACACGGAACAGGGACAGGACCAGUUGCUGGAAACCGUCGCGUUGUCCUGAUAAAUACAACAGCAGCCACGGAAAAAACUGUGUAAAUAGAUGCAAUAUAAUCAUCAUCAGUAUAGUAUCUAGGGGGAAACAUAGAAACCGUUCAACAAACGCAUGUACAGCGACAGUAAUUCCUCAUUACAGCUUCAAGGAGUACCUGGGAGAAGCAAUGCGGCACAAAUGAAUACAUUGGCCUCUAAGGGCAAUAAACUACCAUGUAAAUUUUAAAUCUUUAACGAGUGGAUUCGGUACUUGCCGUCUACUUUUGUAAAUAUUGUCGUAGGAGAUCGAGGCUUUAUAACAUGGACAAAGGACUGAUUGUGAGACAACGUGAAAUGCACUGUAUAUUAGAAAGAAUUUUGUGCCCGUAACGUAAGUUGUUUCGUGAAGUUGGGUAGCUCAACACAGCUCAGUAGAGGGGUAGGGCUAAGCUUUUGGAAGUUUUCUAUUUGCCUGAGCGCUGUCCACCAUAUGUGGUGCUGAAUAGAAGAGGCAACGUGGAUUGUUGUUUCUCAUAUAAUCUAUUUAUAUCUCGCAGAUUUUGUUGUAAAAGUAUAUAUGUAUGUAAAUAUAUAUUCCUUAAAUAUAUAUGUAUAUAUGACAAACAUUCCCCAAACCCUGACAUUGGUAAAUUAAGCAAGCACUUUUAUGAAUGGAAUGGGAAAUAGUUCAAUCACUUAAAAUAUACUGCCCGAGGAAGCAGGCCCGAAACCGUACUGCUCGGUGAUUGGCCUACGCAAUAGAACACGGGCUAUUAUUGUGUUAACCUUCAGAGAAAGAUGUAGCACCGUAAUCGAAAUUCAUUGGGCAGUGCAUUCAAAUGCGUAAUGUGAUAAACACUUUUAAAAUAGCUAUUUGUUUAGGGUAGACAGAUGUAAUCAUACAUUUCAAUCUAUUUUUUCUGGCAGUUAACGUGCAAUAGCGGCUGUGGUGAUAGUUCUUUGUAGCUGUUUUAGUUAGAUGAUUAUUUUCCCAAAGUGGCAUUUAAUUGUUGUUCUGCAGGCAAAAAUUUUCAGUUGACAGUGAUGUACAAAAUCCCAGACUUCAGUUUGCUGUCUUG